GUCGAGAACAUAACCUUCCGACUCGUUAAAUCACUAGUUAAGGCAAAUGUCAAAGUGUCUACCGCUUUGACACCUAUCACCUACCUCGUCGGGAUUUUUCCAGAGCUAGACGAGUGAAAUGGCGGAGCCUGAGCUGAACGUGGACAAUCUGAUUCAGCGUCUGAUGGAAGUUAGGGGCAGCAGACCCGGCAAAUCGGUGCAUAUGACCGAGACGGAAGUGAGAGCUCUAUGCCUCAAGUCCAGGGAGAUCUUCUUGCAGCAGCCGAUAUUGUUGGAACUUGAAGCUCCUCUCAAGAUUUGCGGCGAUAUUCACGGCCAAUACACCGACCUACUGCGUCUAUUCGAAUACGGCGGUUUUCCUCCUGAGGCCAACUACUUAUUCCUAGGGGAUUACGUGGACAGAGGCAAGCAAUCCCUGGAAACGAUCUGUCUCUUGUUAGCUUACAAGAUCAAAUACCCGGAGAACUUCUUCCUGUUGCGAGGCAACCACGAGUGCGCUUCUAUAAAUAGAAUCUACGGCUUUUACGAUGAAUGCAAAAGACGGUUUAACAUAAAACUGUGGAAGACGUUUACGGAUUGCUUCAAUUGCUUACCGGUAACAGCUAUAAUAGACGAGAAGAUAUUCUGUUGUCAUGGUGGACUUAGCCCCGACCUGCAAGGUAUGGAACAGAUUAGGAGGAUAAUGAGACCCACGGACGUACCCGAUUCUGGUUUACUCUGUGACCUUUUGUGGUCAGACCCUGAUAAGGAUGUACAAGGUUGGGGCGAGAAUGACAGAGGGGUAUCUUUUACAUUUGGAGCGGAUGUCGUUAGCAAAUUCUUAAACCGACACGACUUGGACCUUAUUUGUAGAGCACAUCAGGUGGUUGAAGAUGGCUACGAAUUCUUCGCAAAACGUCAGUUAGUCACUCUAUUCUCAGCCCCAAACUAUUGCGGCGAAUUCGACAACGCGGGAGGCAUGAUGAGCGUUGACGAGACGCUGAUGUGUUCCUUUCAGAUCCUAAAGCCUGCUGAGAAAAAGACAAAGUACCAAUAUCCGGGUGGCACGGUAGGGGCAGCAUCCCCGAUGGGCGGCAACAGACCCUCUACGCCCCCUAAAGGGGCUGGGCCACCCGGACCGGCGGGGUUUCCCAAUAGCAAGCCCAAGAAGUAGGCGAUGUACAAGUAUCAUAUAUACUUAACCUAUUGUUUAGUUUUAUUGUUUAAUAGAGUCUACGAAAAGUGGAAA